GAAAAUGCCACGGAGGAGGACAAACGGCAGUUAGUUCGGGAAAUUGGGCUGAUGAAGGAAGUCGGAACACACCGUAAUAUUGUGAGCAUGCUAGGGUACUGGAUCCAAUCACCUCCCAUUAUGUUAAUCAUGGAAUAUGUUCCAAACGGAGAUCUUCUUCAGUGGCUCAGAAACAAAAGACGACAGGUAUAAUUACGUUACUUUUGUUUAAAAAAAUAUCUUCUCUCCAUUCGCAAUAGGGCUGCGUACAGGUAUUAUUUAUAGACCUCUAACUCAGACAAACAAAUUCCUCAAUUUUGUUUGUCUUUUUGUCAUUGAAAUGUCAAGUUUCUCUGACUUUUGUCAUGAAAAUAACAAAACGGCAAAUUUCAGACAAACAUGGCAAAUUAGUCACCCUGACGACAUUAGUAUUCUGUGCUGCACUUUAAUUUUCUAAUGAACAUCAUCCUGGGCGUGUAUGUUCUUUAUCCUCUAUCUCAUCACACGUCUAAAACCAUCUCCUUCAUUAAAAAUAAUAAGAGAAUGGAACUUACUACCCUAUGAAAUUCGGAAGUCCAACACCAUCUCGAGUUUUAAAAGAUCAUUUAAGACGUACUUGUCUACUAAAUUCAGUAAUAACGGAUCAUUGUUUCUAUAGAUUUGUAUAUAUUGCGUUAGUUUUAAUUUUUCCCUUUUUCAAUCAUUAUGAAUAAAAUAGUUUAAUAGUUGCUUUAGUUUGAAUUUUUUUCCUUUUUUACUCGUUGUAAAUAUAAUAGGAUAUGGUUGUAAAUUUAUAAAUAUUUAUCAUUAAUGUUGUAUGAUAAUUACACACACAUUACACGUCCCGAAAGCCCUGUACGAGAUACGACGUCACAAGUGGCAUUAGGUCAAACCAAAUAUCAAGAAGCAAACGUCGCGUUUUUGGGACUGUGUACCUUAAAAUGUCAUAGAAAAUUGUAACAAAGCAGAAGAAACGCUUUGUUUCUAUUGUAGUUUAAUCCAUUUGAAUUUUCCGUGGACGAUUUAAAGAAAGUUGGCCCAUACGGUAUUCCCGGCUAGAUUUUCAGUUUAACGUCGGUUAAGUAAUCUUCAAUUCGCAUGGAUUUCCUAUAAAUGGGUAAAAAUAUUUCGGCUAACCAACUGAUAGUGUGGAAAUUGUUUCUGUUGACAAAACCCUUUCAUGAUCAGACGGAAUUCAUUUCAAUAUUUUUUUGCAGCUUAUAAUGAAAAAGAGUCGGCAAAGUGAUGUCGUUGAAAGGCUUAAGCUUCCUGUUCCUGAGAGGCCGAAAUUGGUGUCCAGGAACCUGCAAACAAAAGAUGUCUUGGAUGAAAACCUGAAAGAAGAGAACAGGGAAAGAAAUAAUGAAGAAAGUGGAAAAGACGGUGGUUAUCAUUCUUGCGGGACGAAGGAAAUUAAAAUCGACCUGGACGACGUUGAAAAAGGAAUUCUAAUCAACGAUGCUCCUCGAUCUGAGAUGGAACCUCUCUGCUCAAGCCUGGAAGACGAAGAUGACAAGGAGGAAGAAGAUGAUGUCAACACGUUAUUUCUACAAAAUGAAGAGCGAAAGGAACCGGUUACGUCGGUGAUGGUGUUACCUUCGAUCAGCAUUGCCCAUUUCUCCAAAGAAAAAGAGCUCACUCCCGCUGAGCCUUUAAGAAACGUCGAAGAAAAGAUCACCAUCGAGAAAGAAGAAGGCAGCUGUGAGGGCAAGGAAGAUGAUGAUGAAGAAGACAUUUCUGGGAGAGAAGUUCUAUGUUAUGCGUGGCAGAUUGCUAAAGGGAUGGUAAGAACUUUUUCGACUGAAGAAUGUCUUUAGCAAUUUAGUCAUCGUUUGCAAAUCACAAAAAUCUGCCUCUUCCCCGUAUUUAAAAUACUUUACUACUAGUUUUUUUGUGUCUGCAAGUAUUACGCUAUCCGGUCAUGAGACGGCAGAUUUUUCAAGCAUUCAAAUUGCUGCGUUAAUUAUAACAGACCAUUAUAGGGCUAACUACUAUCUUGCUAAAUUUUUCGUGAAACAUAGCUCACAUAAAAUUGAGCCGCUUGAUUUAAAAAAAAAGAGUUUUUUUAAAGCCCGAGAAGCCUAAAAAUCACAUGGAGCCGUCGUGAAGGAACCUAAUGAAAAAUCAGGUCCGUUCGUAUUUUCGAAAAGGCGUCUAAUGAAUACAGCCAUAUCACCUGAAUAAGGCUAAGCUAUCAGUUAUUUAAUUUGAAUCGUAUAAGCCUGACAUUCAGGGACGUAGCCAGCUUUUUGGCUAGUUUUAGGCCUGGCUGACUUUCACUUCCACAUAUUCUGAAAAUUGUUAGCAUAACCAGUACGCACAGACCUCACCAACACUUUGAGCUCUUGUGUUUUUUCAGCUGACUCCAACAACGCAUAAUUUAUUACAAGCGGUAGAGUGAUCAAACCAAAAAAUUUGAAGGCCUGGACCUACAAGGCUAUGGGCUGGCUACGUCCCUGAGAAAAGAAGGGAAGUAGAGGGAAGAAAAAGCAAUGGUUAAAUUUGUUUUCGGGACUGGAAGACUGAGCAGCAAGGACUUUCUAGAUAAAUACGCCCGUAAUCGAAAUCUUGGAAAGCACAAUAAACGGUCUGCAAGUGGAACUGAUGGCUGAAGCUAAGGGAUUGCUUUUUGUAAACGGCCACCAUGAUGGUAUUUGCUAACUGUUGUAAGCUCAAUUGAUAUAUCUGGUGGCUCAGCUGUAUAUUUGGNCGUUCGUAUUUUCGAAAAGGCGUCUAAUGAAUACAGCCAUAUCACCUGAAUAAGGCUAAGCUAUCAGUUAUUUAAUUUGAAUCGUAUAAGCCUGACAUUCAGGGACGUAGCCAGCUUUUUGGCUAGUUUUAGGCCUGGCUGACUUUCACUUCCACAUAUUCUGAAAAUUGUUAGCAUAACCAGUACGCACAGACCUCACCAACACUUUGAGCUCUUGUGUUUUUUCAGCUGACUCCAACAACGCAUAAUUUAUUACAAGCGGUAGAGUGAUCAAACCAAAAAAUUUGAAGGCCUGGACCUACAAGGCUAUGGGCUGGCUACGUCCCUGAGAAAAGAAGGGAAGUAGAGGGAAGAAAAAGCAAUGGUUAAAUUUGUUUUCGGGACUGGAAGACUGAGCAGCAAGGACUUUCUAGAUAAAUACGCCCGUAAUCGAAAUCUUGGAAAGCACAAUAAACGGUCUGCAAGUGGAACUGAUGGCUGAAGCUAAGGGAUUGCUUUUUGUAAACGGCCACCAUGAUGGUAUUUGCUAACUGUUGUAAGCUCAAUUGAUAUAUCUGGUGGCUCAGCUGUAUAUUUGGCUUUUGGGUUUAGCUAAUAACUCUCUCCCGGUGAUCAGCAUAACUCUGCCUCAUCCAAUAAUUGCUGUUUAUUCAUUGGUAUGAAUGAACCUUUUUUAACGAAAAAAAUCUAAUCUCUAAAUGAAUAAUGUUCACUGAGGUAUGCCGUUUUUGGUGACUUCGAAAUAGAAAUCAGCAGUAUAGUAAGAACCAAUGGUUUUUUUUUUCUUUUUCGGGUUUGGCAGUCCAAUGAGGGCUUGAUUCCACUCACCACAAGUCUCCCUGAAAAACAGCAUUUAAUUAAGUGUCAACCGGUGUCAACGGGCUUUCUUUCGCGGUUGAAAAACUUAAAAACCUUAUUUUUCAGCCAAUACUCAUCUCUUCGAGUUAUCGAGGGUAAACUUGUAUGAAAGUGAUCUGAAGGAAAACAAAAAUUACUUCGAGUUAGCGGGAGUUUCGAGUUAUCGAGGGUUCGAGUUACCGACGGUAAAUUACAAUAAAGAAAAUCCAGGGGAAAUCGAUUCUGGUUCGAGUUAGCGAGGGUUCGAGCUGGACUCGACUGUAGUUCACUUAGCUUGUUCAACGGCUUUUUAUGCUGAAAAGUAUACGUCGCGGGGAUUUCUUGGCCAAUUCCUUAAUUUGUUUCUUGUUUUCCAACAGCUGUGACGGAAAUCCUCCCUCCAUUCUUCAUGAAUAGACCGACGAUCACUUCCUCCCGCUUUCCGGACCGUUUGCCAGACACAGCUUGCAGUAGCCUGUUCCAGGCUCUCGAUAGUAGGGGUGGCCCCGGCAAAAAUAAGGCAAAAAAGCGUAAGGCACUGGCAAAAAUAUAAAAGCGUGAUCUAGGAAAAAGAGGCGGUGGCGGCUAUCUUUGAGCCUGGAGCAUACGUUUCAUUGUACUUGGUUGCUUUUCCGCCAGAUCGUUAAAUCGGGAGUUCGUUUACAACGAUAUCCCGAUUAAACUGCCAUCCCCCUGCCAUAUCGUAAAAUCGAGCUUCCAUUUUAAUUUCAUAUUGGAAAUUUCUGGUGAUCUAAAGGUAUCUGGUAACUAAAAAUGGUUUGAGAAAUAAUUUCGUUAUUUCUCUGCCAGGAAUACUUGGCCAGCAAAGGAUUCAUUCAUCGUGACCUGGCAGCCCGUAAUAUCCUACUUGGUGAGGACAAGGCGGUGAAGAUUGCUGAUUUUGGUUUGUUACGCCACGCAAAUGAGAGUGAAAUAUACGAAGUUACGAGCGUACACAAGCUACCAAUGAAAUGGAUGGCACCUGAGGCGUUGGGAAGCGGCAUUUUUACUUUCAAGACUGACGUGUAAGUAUAUGUUAACGAGGUCACAGUAAGGCCAAGCUUAGGCUUCCUGUGAUGCAGUGUGAAGUUGAGGUUUUAUUCAACAUAGACCUUGCAAUGUACUGUUUAGAACAGUCUGAAAAAAAAAAAAAAAAGAGCACAAUUUUGAUCAUGACACUGUCUACAGUAGCGGUUAUCACUCUAUCUAAAGAAAUACUCAAGUGUUUGGAAAACAUUAGCCUGUUCCAGGAGUGAAACUUGAAAAUAAGAUAUAUAAACAGAAACUUUGAGCCGAUGAAGUUAAUCUGAGACGAUCUUGGAUCCUAGAUUCCACGCUCCACAUCCCGCACUCCAGAUACUAGAUUCCGGAUUCCAACUCAGUGUGUUCCAGAUUUCAAAAGGCCCAGAUUCCAGAAUUUCAUAGUUAGCAGGAUUCCGGAUUCCAAAGUCCAUGACCCCAAACAAAAAUUUCCUGGAUUACCAUCCAUGGGACGAGAUAAACAAAAUUGAUAUUUCUAUGAAGUUAAUUCUUGCUAUUUCUUUAUCUGCUUCCUUUUACUGCAGAUGGUCUUUUGGAGUUGUUUUGUGGGAACUAGCCACCAUGGGUAAGCUAGUUUUAUAAAUCUUUGUAUACUGAUGCUGGUAGAAUAAUACUCUAGUCAUUUUCCUAUACCCGAGAAAAUUGAGAGGAAUCCCCAAAGACAGUAGUUAGGGAAAAGCUGACUGUUCAGUUUUAGGAUAGCAGUCACGGGAGAAUCAAACCGCUUUAUAAAGGAAGCCAUUCUUGCUUAAUGUCGGGAUUGCUAAACAACUAGAAAAAAUAAUAGGCUAACUUCCGCCGCUCUCCCAGCCGUCUUUACCGGGGAGGAGCGCAGGCUCAUAAUAAUCCAGCCUAUAAGUCAUACCCUUAACCACAACUUGACCUGAUAUCACGUGUCACUCGGCGAAAUGAAUACUCAGUAAUGCUAAACUUGUACAUAGAGGAUAUUACACGGUAGCGCGAAGAUAUGAAUUUUAUUUUCGAGUGGCAAAACAAUAUUUUACGAACGAGCGCAAUAUUGCUUUUGUCACUCGAAAAUAAAAUUCAUAUCUUCAAGCCGCCGUGUAAUGUUCUUUUCAUUAUAUAGACAAAAAGACGUCGAUAAAAUAAUAGCGGAAAUUACGUCAUCGAUAAACUCACGUGUGAGAUUAUGGAAAAUAAACCACUCGGGUCCCGGAUGUAGUUUUUAUGAAUUUUACGAGUGGUAUAUUUUCCAGUAAAACACUCGUGUCUAUAUAAUAAAUUACGUUAUUUUAAUCCCUCCUGGAGAUUGGUAAAUUGAUAAUACAUGCAUGAUGGUCAUUGAACUGAGUGGAGAGCAAUUUGGUCUGAAAUCAUACGCGUGAUUUCGCGCGCGAGUUCGAUUUGAGAUCAGAAGUAUGAUUUAAGACUAAAAUUGCACGACACGAAGUGAAAUUAUCACUUUAUUACAGCCAUUUUGAAAUCGCAGAAUUCAAUCCGUACCAGCAGUGAUUGGCCGUGGCACUAGAUAAGUUAGCUCGUUUAUCCCCCGUACUCGUUAGCAUAUAUUCUGAAGCCAUGCUAAGAGAUGCUUUAAGUGGUGUGAAUGAAGUUAUUCGAGUGGGAAGUCAUCUCAUUAAGACAGUGCGCUUUGCGGAUGAUCAAGCAACCUUAGCCAGUUCAGUUAUGCGUCUGCAACUUAUGACGGGUAAAAUGCAGGAAAGCGCGGGAGAAUAUGAUAUGAAGAUCAAUGUUAAGAAGACUAAG